AUGGACACUCUGUUAACCGCAGACUUGGCGGCAAAGUCGUUCAUGCUUCGACGCCGCUCCAGCACCAACGUCGACGCCAUCCACGAUCUGCCAGAGAAGGAGUCGCUGGCCCCCGCCCAGCUCUACUCCACCGAAUCCGGCCGCCUUUUCCAUUCCGGCCGCAUUGUCAUCUCCACCGUUGGGCUGCCUGCGCGAGGCAAGACCCACAUCAGUGUCGCUCUUGCCCGCUAUCUCCGCUGGCUUGGGGUCAAGACGCACAUCUUCCAUCUCGGCGAUUACAGGCGAGCGCACGUCGGCCAAACGGGAGAGAUGCCGGAUGACUACUUCCAUGUGAAUGCCUCCUCCUCCUCCGUGCUCCUGCGCAACAAAAUCCUCAAAAAGUGCAGAGAAGAGAUUCUGCACUUUCUUAAUCAUGAGAACGGCCAGAUCGCCAUCUACGACGCCGUUAACCCCCUCGCCGCCGGCCGUCGCGCUUUGGCCAGAGAGUUUGAAAAACACAACGUGCAGACGCUCUUCAUAGAAAGCGCAUGUACCGAUGAGCGCAUCAUCGAGGAGAACGUGCGGUCCGUUAAGAUCAGCUCUCCCGACUACAAGAACUGGACACCGGAGGAGGCGGUCCGCGACUACUUGCAACGCAUCAACUCGCGGAUACCGCACUUUGAGACCAUGGAGGAGACCGACUUGCAUUACGUCAAGAUGAUCAACGCCGGCGAAAGGGUGAUUGUGAACAACUGCGCGUUCGGCUAUCUGUCGCAGAGAAUCGUCUUUUACCUGCUUAACCUGCACAUCAAGUCAAGGCAGACCUACUUUUGCCGUGCCGGCACCACCAAGGACGAGGAGAAUUACAAAGCCGAUGCCAGUCUAAGUGCGGAGGGCGAAGCGUAUGCGCACAAGAUGACCGACACCUUGAUCGCACACCGCGAAUCUGAGCGGCGGAACUUAAUCGCCCACGGAGCUCCAGAGUCGACGGCGUUGAAGCCCUUGAACGUCUGGACCAGCACGCGGAGGAGGACAGUGGAGACCGGGGCGGAGUUCGAGGCGCGGGGGUACCGCGUGAGACAACGCAGCCAGAUGAGCCAGCUCAACCCUGGCGUUUGCGAAAAGAUGAGCGAGAGGAAGAUUCGGGAAAAGUUCCCCGAUGAGGUGGCAAAGCACGAACAGGACCCAUAUCACCACCGCUAUCCACGUGCAGAGUCCUAUCAUGAUCUCGCCGUCCGCCUGGAGCCCAUCAUUCUCGAACUCGAGCGCGAGCAGAACGACCUACUCAUUAUCGCCCACGAAUCCGUCCUCCGCGUCCUCUACGGAUACCUGAUGGCCUGCUCCGCCACAGACAUCCCCAAGCUCCAAUUCCCCCGCAAUGAAAUCAUCGAAAUCAUCCCCGCCUCGUACAACAACUCCGCCAAGCGCAUCCACAUUCCUGGUCUUCCGCAGAAGCUGGUCCCCGGCAGUCCAGAGGACAUUCAGAUCCCCGUUGCCCCAAGCGGCACAGCAAGCCCCUUUUCGGGGAUCGGCACGCCAGCUGAGGAGGGCUCGGGAUCGUUACCUUUGAGACCUCGGAUCGCCGUGACGUCGCACUCACCGACUUAG